AUGUCUGUCUCAAAAGAUUUUUCUCUCUCUUUCCACACAGCUGUGGUGACCAAGGUGGAGACUCUGGUGGACAUGACGGUACCUCUGCCUUGUAAGGCCACGAUCCACCCGCAUGGGGACAUCCCCAACCUGCUUCUGUUCUACAAGUAUGCAUCAAAUGUCCCAUUUUUUAGCUAUGAUGCACGUAAUGGCGACUUCUGGCGGGCGGGCAACUCCAAGAUUCGUGAUGCUACCUACGACGGUCGCGUCUCCUUGAACCUGACACAGCAACACAGAGUUCACCUGAACCUGCAGCGUGUUUCCUUGAAGGACCAUGGUGACUUCACAUGUAGAGUGGAUUUCCUCAGCUCCCCUUCCCUCACCUCUGUAGUCAAGUUAAAAGUCUAUGCGAACCCCAGCACAGGUCCCACUGUGAAGGUGUUGGGUAGCGGUCUACCAGAAGAAUUAACACUCAGGCUACGGUCUGACGUGGGUCCUUUCCAGGAAGGAGAGAAGCUCAACUUAUCGUGCACCGUUAUUGGUGGUGUACCAGCGCCGAGGGUAACGUGGUGGCAGGGAGCGAAACUAAUAGACAACAGUAGUUACGUGGUGAGCAACAGUGGUCUUACGCACACUGUUAAUGACGUGAUGGUGGGACCACUCACACGAGACCUGGUACAAGCGCCCUUCAUCUGUAGGUCGGAGAACAACCCACUCUCUCCACCCAUGGACCGUACAAUACAUCUUAAAAUACAUAUGGCGCCGCACCAGGUAGUACUGACGGAGGGGGUGAUGGUAGAAGCGGGUGUUGAAGAACGUCUGGUAUGCAAGGCUAGGGACACCUACCCUCAAGCUAACAUCACUUGGACGCUUGACGGCAAGAAACUCAACUUUACUUCUAAGGAGACACGACAGGUGGGGAGCGACACAGUGUCGUGGGUGCGGUUCACUGCAACACCCAGGGAGAACGGUGCCACGCUGAGGUGUACUGCAUAUUCUUCUAUACUUCCUGACCCUCCUGUCUCUACCAGCACUACUCUCAAUGUCACUCCUUUCACUUCGACAUUAGCUUUCACAAAGGAUGCCACACUGACUUUAGCUUUCACAAAGGAUGCCACACUGACUUUAGCUUUCACAAAGGAUGCCACACUGACUUUAGCUUUCACAAAGGAUGCCACACUGACUUUAGCUUUCACAGAGGCUUUCACAAAGGAUGCCACACUGACUUUAGCUUUCAUAGACGGUAUCACACUGACUUUAGCUUUCACAGAGUCAUGCUAUUGGACUUCCCUGCGGGACCACCAGGAGAGUGGAACUUCCCUGCAGGACCACCAGGAGAGUGGAACUUCCCUGCAGGACCACCAGGAGAGUGGAACUUCCCUGCAGGACCACCAGGAGAGUGGAACUUCCCUGCAGGACCACCAGGAGAGUGGAACUUCCCUGCAGGACCACCAGGAGAGUGGAACUUCCCUGCAGGACCACCAGGAGAGUGGAACUUCCCUGCAGGACCACCAGGAGAGUGGAACUUCCCUGCAGGACCACCGGGAGAGUGGAACUUCCCUGCAGGACCACCAGGAGAGUGGAACUUCCCUGCAGGACCACCAGGAGAGUGGAACUUCCCUGCAGGACCACCAGGAGAGUGGAACUUCCCUGCAGGACCACCAGGAGAGUGGAACUUCCCUGCAGGACCACCAGGAGAGUGGAACUUUCCUGCAGGACCACCAGGAGAGUGGAACUCUCCUGCAGGACCACCAGGAGAGUGGAACUUCCCUGCAGGACCACCAGGAGAGUGGAACUUCCCUGCAGGACCACCAGGAGAGUGGAACUUCCCUGCAGGACCACCAGGAGAGUGGAACUUCCCUGCAGGACCACCAGGAGAGUGGAACUUCCCUGCAGGACCACCAGGAGAGUGGAACUUCCCUGCAGGACCACCAGGAGAGUGGAACUUCCCUGCAGGACCACCAGGAGAGUGGAACUUCCCUGCAGGACCACCAGGAGAGUGGAACUUCCCUGCAGGACCACCAGGAGAGUGGAACUUCCCUGCAGGACCACCAGGAGAGUGGAACUUCCCUGCAGGACCACCAGGAGAGUGGAACUUCCCUGCAGGACCACCAGGAGAGUGGAACUUCCCUGCAGGACCACCAGGAGAGUGGAACUUCCCUGCAGGACCACCAGGAGAGUGGAACUUCCCUGCAGGACCACCAGGAGAGUGGAACUUAUAUCUCAUGGCAAUUCAAGGAAGGAUCUCUUCGCUGCUUUUCCCGAAAGGAGACGGAGGUUCGACACCACAAGAGUGCUGGAGUGCUGGUGAGAGGGAGGAACCUGGUGCUACAGAGUGUUCAGCGACCUGAUGCUGGUACCUACACUUGCGCUGCUACCAAUGUUGUUGGUACCUCUCGUAGCAACCCUCUCACACUCAGUAUACAGUAUAGACCGAUGUGUGCACAGGAGCGAGUGAUAGUGACGGCAGUCGAGGGAGAAGUGGUGACCUUGCAGUGUACAGUGGAUGCUUACCCAGCUAACCUCACCUUCUACUGGCUCUUCAACAACACCGUCGACUCGACAAGCUUCAGGCCGGGUGAGUACUCAGUUUCUGGUUCAGUGUCGAGGCUGCGUUACGUCGCGUACUCCGCCAGGGACUACGGUACUGUCUUCUGCUGGGCCGCUAAUGUUGUCGGACAACAGAAAGAUCCUUGUGCCUUCACUCUUCAACCUGCAGGUGCUCCUGAUAGUGUCAGAUAUUGUGUGCUGACCAACCAGUCAGCUGGAUCACUGCACAUCACCUGUCAGCCGGGGGCUGAUGGCGGACUCACCCAGACCUUCAGAGCCGAGGUGUACACGGGUGGGUCAUCCAGGCCAGUACGUGUUAUGGAAGGUCCAGUUCCAGUCUUCAACCUGGAAGGUCUCUCUCCUGGAGGAGACUUUGUGGUGACCCUCACUGCUAUCAACCGCAAGGGCGCCUCUCCCCCUGUCUCCUUAGAAGCUUUCACCCUUAAAGUUGCAGAGAACAGAAUGAGUGAUUAACGGUGUUGUCCUCCCUUGGUGUCAGUCUCCGGUGUAUCGAGCAGUCAGUCAGAGCCGCAGGAGACUGCUACCGGGGCUGUGUCUCCAAUACUUGGUAUGUUCUUGGGUGCUGUAGGAACUGUCCUCCUCCUAGUUGCUGCUGCUGUCUUCAUUACCCGUCGUCAGUGUACUCGUGGGGUUGUACUCGCGCCUGACCUGGUGGCUGCACAAGAGUUGGUGGUAAAGAGUGAGGACUGUGAGCUGGUGUGCAGCAGCCAGGACGAACAUAUCGACAACAACGAAGUGAACGAGGCUGACCCAUUCCUGGUCACAUCUGAGUGCAGCACGGGAACAGCUUCUACCCCAGCCAGCAUGGGCGGAGGGGCGGUGUUCACAAUCCCCGCCCACAUCCCGCCCCCACCACAGUAUUGCUCUGCCACAUGUACCGAUCUGUCACCUACCCAGCACGCACUACAGCACACCUUUAGUCCUCAGCAUAAUAUCCCAUGCUUCUCUGGUAGCCAGUACACACUUCCACGCUCCUCGGAAUGUCAGCACUCUCUUCACCACUCUUCAGGUAUUCAACAAUCUUUACUACGAUCAUCUCCAGUCCAGCAUUGUCUACAGCGAUCUUUCUCGGCGGAGCGUGGAGCAGGGAACAUCAUGGGGUCCCAGCAAUGCCUACCCCGAGCAUCAUCACCAGUACACAUCCAGCACCAGGAAACUCCUGCCACCUUCUCUGUAGAUCAUUCUACACAUACCCAGAUCAUCUACACCACAGGAACAGAUGCCUCUCUGCAGUGGCCUCUGCAGAAACCUCAGGUACCUGAGGUUGCUGCUAUCAGCUACGUGCAGCCUCACCCAGGUCUUGAUGGCGACGGUCCACCCAUCAUAACCACCACACACAUGGGUGCGCAUAUGCAUGUGUCGCAUCACAAGGACUUAGGGGUGACCACAAAUCAAAUGGAGAGGAAACCACAACUUCAGAGGACUUUGGUGUCGCAAGGGAGUAUAGAGUACACAAGUGAGCCCCUCAACACGCACUCAAGUCCUAAGAGCAGAGCCAAUCAUGUCAAAUGGACCGCUGGGCCCACUGAUGGAGAGGAAAGUGCUGUGUAA